AUGGAUUAUGGGUUGUGCUUGUUUAGGAGGCUCUUCUUGGUGAUCAUAAUUGGUAGAAGUUUAGUGGUGGAGGUGGAAAGCCUUGGAUGCAACUGGGGAACGCGUGCAACACAUCCACUCCCACCCAACAUUGUGGUCAAGCUAAUGAAGGAGAAUGGAUUCGACAAAGUGAAGCUCUUUGAAGCCGAGCCCUGGGUUAUGAAGGCUCUUGGGAACUCUGGCAUCCAGGUUAUGGUUGGGAUACCCAACGACUUCCUAGCCUCGCUUGCAACUAGUGUUCGAGUUGCUGAGGAUUGGGUGUCACAAAAUGUAUCCUCCUACAUAUCCAAAAAUGGGGUGGACAUAAGGUACGUGGCCGUUGGAAACGAACCUUUUCUAAAGACAUACAAAGCCAGUUACCUUGGAACGACAUUUCCGGCUCUCCAAAAUAUACAAGCUGCCCUGAUCAAAGCUGGUUUAGGGCGUCAGGUCAAGGUUACCGUCCCUCUAAAUGCAGAUGUCUACCAGACAGACAGCGACCUACCCUCGGGUGGUAAUUUUCGAUCCGACAUACAUGAUCUCAUGAUCUCCAUCGUCAAAUUCCUUAGCGACAAUGCUGCCCCCCUCACCAUCAACAUCUACCCAUUCCUCAGUCUAUAUGCCGACCCCCAUUUCCCCGUUGGCUAUGCCUUCUUCUCUGACAAUUCUUCUCCUGUUGUCGAUGGCCCCAUCACUUACACCAAUGUCUUUGAAGCCAAUUACGACACCCUCAUUUGGGCUCUUGAGAAAAAUGGCUUUGCAUCGAUGCCCGUCAUCAUAGGCGAGGUCGGAUGGCCAACGGAUGGUGACCCUAAUGCAAACAUAGGCUAUGCUCGUAGGUUCAAUCAAGGUCUCCUCAACCGCAUCAUUCAAGGCCAAGGCACCCCCAAAAGGCGAAACCCACCAGACAUUUACCUGUUCGCACUCCUCGAUGAGGACGCCAAAAGCAUCCAACCUGGGAAUUUUGAGCGACACUGGGGCAUCUUUAAAUACGAUGGAACCAUCAAGUACCAACUGAACAUGGGAAACAAUAGAACUCUAGCCCCUGCCAAGGGUGUCCGGUAUUUGGCGAGGCAAUGGUGUAUUAUGGCACCUGAAGCAAGCAACUCCGACCCCAAUCUGCCACAGAGCAUCAACUAUGCUUGCACCUACGCCGAUUGCACGAGUCUGGGAUACAGAUCCUCGUGUGGCGGGCUAGAUGUUAGGAGCAAUGCUUCGUAUGCUUUCAACAUGUAUUAUCAGACAAUGAACCAACAGAGAGGUGCAUGUGAACAAUUCCACAACUUAUCGACGACGACAACCAUUGAUCCAUCUGGAAGCAGUGUUUGUAGAUUCGAGAUCAUGAUCGACCUGGGAAGACAUGAGCAAACUCAAAACCCAAACACAUCGUCAUCUGGAAGAAAGCGAAGACCAGUUACAAGCGUAGCGUUUCUAUUGGCAUUGAUCAUUGGUGGUGUUCUCUGA